AUGAGUAGUCAGGAACUGGUCACUUUGAACGUGGGAGGGAAGAUAUUCACCACAAGGUCUUCAACCUUAAAGCAGUUUCCUGCCUCUCGGUUGACACGUAUGUUAGAUGGCAGAGACCAAGAAUUCAAGAUGGUUGGUGGCCAGAUUUUUGUGGACAGAGAUGGUGUUUUAUUUAGUUUCGUCUUAGAUUUUUUGAGAACUCACCAGCUUUUAUUACCCACUGACUUUUCAGACUAUCUCAGGCUUCAGAGGGAGGCUGUAUUCUAUGAACUUGAUCCUCUGGUGGAUCUCUUAAACCAAGAACACCUGCUACAGCCAAGACCUGCUCUUGUGGAGGUACAUUUCCUAAGCCGAAACACUCAAGCUUUUUUUAGGGUGUUUGGCUCUUGCAGCAAAACAAUCGAGAUGUUAACUGGGAGAAUUACAGUGUUUAUAGAGCAACCUUCAGCACCGACCUGGAGUAGUAACUCCUUCCCUCCUCAGAUGACCUUACUUCCACUGCCUCCACAAAGACCUUCUUACCAUGACCUGGUUUUCCAGUGCGGCUCUGACAGCACGACUGAUAACCAAACUGGAGUCAGGUAUGUUUCUAUAAAACCUGAUAACCGAAAACUGGCCAACGGAACUAAUGUCCUCGGCUUACUGAUUGACACUUUAUUAAUGGAAGGCUUCCAUCUGGUCAGCACCAGAACAGUAUCCUCUGAAGACAAAACUGAAUGCUAUAGCUUUGAAAGGAUAAAAAAGCCUGAAGCUCUUGCCAUGAACAAAACACUGAAACCAGAGACUACCCUCAUGCCAGAGCAAUCUCAGAAAAAGAAAUGA